CGGACGCAGAGUCGUGUUUAGUCUAGCGCAGCGGUCGCGAGAGCUCUAGGUAUCCUGUGCUGUGCCGCGCAGUUCGGCAGCAGCAGCCGCGGAGCGGUAGCCGCCGUGGGAGGGAGCCAUGAAGCACUACGAGGUGGAGAUUCUGGAUGCAAAGACAAGGGAGAAGCUGUGUUUCCUGGACAAGGUGGAGCCCCACGCCACCAUUGCGGAGAUCAAGAACCUCUUCACCAAGACCCAUCCGCAGUGGUACCCCGCCCGCCAGUCCCUCCGCCUGGACCCCAAGGGCAAGUCCCUGAAGGAUGAGGAUGUUCUACAGAAGCUGCCCGUGGGCACCACAGCCACGCUCUACUUCCGGGACCUGGGGGCCCAGAUCAGUUGGGUGACGGUCUUCCUAACAGAGUACGCGGGGCCCCUUUUCAUCUACCUGCUCUUCUACUUCCGAGUGCCCUUCAUCUAUGGCCACAAAUACGACUUCACGUCCAGUCGGCACACGGUGGUGCACCUCGCCUGCAUCUGCCACUCAUUCCACUACGUCAAGCGCCUGCUGGAGACGCUCUUCGUUCACCGUUUCUCCCAUGGCACCAUGCCUUUGCGCAACAUCUUCAAGAACUGCACCUACUACUGGGGCUUCGCCGCGUGGAUGGCCUAUUACAUCAACCACCCUCUCUACACGCCCCCUACCUAUGGAGCUCAGCAGGUGAAACUGGCGCUCGCCAUCUUUGUGAUCUGCCAGCUCGGCAACUUCUCCAUCCACAUGGCCCUGCGGGACCUGCGGCCCGCUGGUGAGUGCCUGCUGGGGGCAGGGGGACAGCUGGGCUGGGUGAGGGGCUCUGACUUUCUCCUGUCUUGCCUUCCAGGGUCCAAGACCCGGAAGAUCCCAUACCCCACCAAGAACCCCUUCACGUGGCUCUUCCUGCUGGUGUCCUGCCCCAACUAUACCUACGAGGUGGGGUCCUGGAUCGGUUUCGCCAUCAUGACGCAGUGUCUCCCAGUGGCCCUGUUCUCCCUGGUGGGCUUCACCCAGAUGACCAUCUGGGCCAAGGGCAAGCACCGCAGCUACCUGAAGGAGUUCCGGGACUACCCACCCCUGCGCAUGCCCAUCAUCCCCUUCCUGCUCUGAGCGCUCAUCCCUGCUGGGGCUCAGCCCCUCACCCGGGUGGCAUUCUGGGGGAGGAGUGGGGCCCACAGCUCUCCAGCACUCGGAAUAAACCCCGCCUGCCCCUGUCGGA